AAUUGCAAAAAUAAUCUUCCUCGUGGGCAACUCAACAUACAAAAGCAAUUGUUAUCUUGAUAAAAGAAAACACGCUAUCAGAUAGGUACUUUUGUCAGCUUAUGAAUUCUCAGUUUUGUACUGUCAUCUAAGGAGUGAAGACGGUGUUUGUAGAGCAAAAGCAUUCAGCUGAAGGAAACAAAACUCAUCACCUGUGGUUGACAGUCGAUAUUAGAAUAAAGCUAACUGCAAAGAAAUUGGCGUCGAGCAGGAUGAGACGCAGCAAAUUUUCAAGAAUUGCACCAGCGACAGUGAUUAUGAUGGUCAUCCUAACCCUGAUCAUCCUUAAUGAAGAAGCCGUCAUCCUUGUCAUUCCUCAUUUUCCCAAGUCCCUGUCCUUCCUCACAUCGCAUAGAGAAGGAACCAUCUGUAAAUGCUUGAUUAGAUCAUGGCCCGACAGUGAGGUCACUGCUGCCUACCUGAACCUCUCACUGUCAUGGCUCAGCAACACUUCGACCAUCCAAGAUCUGAGGUCAAGACAUCCAAAUCUUCCCAUCGAGCUGCUUCAUGAUGGCAAACACAAGCGGUGCUCACUGCUCCCUACCCUCUUCAGCACUGAGUGGAGGAACAAACACUGGCAGCUUGCAGAUCUCGACGUUAACAGCAAAUUUUACCUUUAUUCAGCAUUCUUCGAUCCAGAAACAGAUGGUCAGACCUCUAUCAGGCUUCUUGGUGUAUAUAGAAGCAGAUUUCCAGCCUUUGCUUGGUGCCAUGUUUGGUUCAGCCCAGAGGCUCCACCACUCCUUGUGAAAGUAACCAACAAAGACUACCUUGACUAUCAAAGCAGAAGCAGUGGCCGUCAGAUGCCCUUCCUGCUAAGGUGCCCACUGCCACCAAAGACAACAGAUAUCCCUUUCGCCGUCUCCCUCACCGCAAAGCCCUGUGGAGAAGCCACCAAUCUGUUGAAGGU